CACCGCCACGGGUCGCCUACAAAGACCUAGGAGCCCAGAGGAGGUCUUCCCAUGGGAGAUUUGCCCUAGCCAAUGCACUAGGCCCCCACAAAGACCCAGUAGCCCAGGAGAGGUCUUCCCAGAGGACAUUUUGCCGGGCCUGGGCAUGAGACACCAAUAAAGACCCAGCAGCCCAGGAGAGGUCGUCCCAGAGGAUAUUUUCCCGGGCCUGGGCGUGCGAUACCAACCAAGGCCCAGGAGCCCAGGAGAGGUCUUCCCAGAGGACAUUUUCCCGGGCCUGGGCAUGAGAUACCAACAAAGACCCAGGAGCCCAGGAGAGGUCUUCCCAGAGGACAUUUUCCUGGGCCUGGGCAUCAGAUACCAACAAAGACCCAGCAGCCCAGGAGAGGUCUUCCCAGAGGACAUUUUCCUGGGCCUGGGCAUGAGAAACCCAGAAAGGCACAGGAGCGCAGGAGAGGUCGUCCCACAGGACAUUUUCCCGGGCCUGGGCAUGACAAACCCACAAAGACCUGGAUGCCCAGGGGAAGUUCUUCCAGAGGAGAGCUUCCUAGGCUUGGCCAUGGAGCCCCGACAAACACCUACGGGCCCAAAAGAGGGCAUUCCUGAGGGGUUCUUCCCAGAGUUCGUCUCUAGGCCAUUGAAAGCCAAAAGAAGGCCAGAAGAGAUCUCUGAGCUGGCAAUGUCAUGCGCGGAGACAGUAAGGAACCCAAGCGAGGUCUUUCGAGGCCUGUCCACCAGCCACCAAGAAACACCAGGAAGCCCUACUCAUGUCCAGCCUGGCCUCAGCACCACUCUUGAAAAUCACUCAGCUGGGAGCCUCGCCCAAGUCUGGCCAGUGCAGGUGGUCACAUUACAUUCCCUCUCAGAGCAGCUGGUGCCAGCUUUCCCAGGCAGCCAACCCUUCCUCGGUUCCUCCUUCCUGCGAUCCACCAGGGCCUGCACCUAUGCCCAACAGGCCAGAAUGAUGGGAAGGGCCGUGUCCUUCCUCCUCGACUCCUGGCUAGAGAUGCACGUCCAGGAUGGACCUCCCAGCCCACUGACUCCAUUGCAGCAUCCCCAAGCCCGCUGAGGAAGAGAGGCCAGCUGCGGCCCAAACUCGAGUACCACCUGCAGAGCCAGUGCCGCCUCUACCUUCAGCUCCCUCACCAGCUGCAGCACUGAAAUGAGAACCAGCUGCAGGAACCACUGCUCCACCAGUUCCACACCUGGGGUCCCUCAAUUCACAGCGGGUGUCACCUCCUGACUGCCCCCUGUGGCCAGCUCCUGACACAUAUCCACUCUUCUGCGCCCCGGCUGUUGCACUUCCUGUUGUAUUCCCUCGUACCUUUAAUUCCCAGUU